AAUACGUAACAGAAUAAUCAUUAACGUGUCUGCUAUUGAAAAUUUUUUUAUAAAUUUGCUCUAUUUUUCCCUUUCCAAAGUAAAAAUAAAAAAACAAAAAAACGAAAAAUAUAAAAAAUAAGAAACACGUCUUUUCUCCUUAAUUACGAAAACUCAUUAAUUCUUUAAUAAUCUUCAAAAAUCAUGAAUAAAAAAAUUAUCCUAAUACUCGCUAUAAUUGUAGCCUUUAUCGCAUUCGCUUCUGCUACACCUUCUACUUGGAAAAGAGAUGAUGCUAGUAGAGUUACUAAAGAGAACUCCAUAGAUAAAAGACGGCCGGAAGAAAAAGGAAGGACAAGUGGUCCACACCGUUUGUCGAAAAGACAGUCGUGUUCGUCCCAAGGACUAGUUCCAUGUGCAGUCGGAUGCUGUCACCCCUAUGGAUGCGGUGCUAGUGGUGUAUCUUGCGGUGAUGGAACUUGUUGCCCUUCGGGAACUUCUUGCACCGCAACGUCUUGCGCGUAAAAUUUUCUUGUAGUUAAUAAACAAGAUAGUAUUAACUCAUUUUAAGAAUUUUUGUAAUUUUUAUUUGUUUUUUUCUUUUUCUUUCUGUUAUGAAUAUUUUUUUAUUGGCUGUUGUAAUACUUUUUCGCGUUGUAGUCAGCUUCUUUAUAUUUAGAUCUAUAAAUAAACGCGUUUAUAUUUUAUAAAUUACAAAU